AUUGAGCGUCGCUCCUCCACUGGCAGAUCUUCCUCUUCUUAUUCUUCUUAGCGUACACUUUUUGCAUUGACGUUGACUUUUGCUUCAUUUACACACACCAUCUCCUGGACAAGGUUUUCUUCGUGAAAACUCCUCACUUGUAGUAUUUCUCAUCAUAAACUAGUCCUCCGCGGAAGAAUCUGCCUUAAAAAUAUAUAUCUCCACUCAAACCAGAAGAGCAGCGGAUGAUGAUGAUGGAAAUGAGGCAACAUCACGUUUGAUUUUGGAGUUUGUUUUUUUUUGCUGUUAUUUGUUGUUGCAAGCAUCUUCAGAGGAGAGAAAGCUGCCUGCUAGCAGAAGCGGACAUUUGUGAGACACCGCAGACACCAUGCUCUCCUCGGACGAGCCGCUGGACCUGAAGGUUCCCUCUGGGAGGACGCACUGUCCCCUCAGACUGGGGAAGAGGACUUCAUCUUCCAUCUGUGCACCCCUCAGUGCCACACGUCCUCGUCUUAUUUACACCACCUUCCCUUCCCCGCCGUCCUCCCCAGAUUCCCAGUCCCCCUCUCACGAGCGACCCGGGUCCUGCUUCACGCCCCCAGCCAUGGACCUCCGCCUGUCCCCUUCCUCUCGACACACGUCUUCCCUGUCCCCUUCUCCCUCCUCCCCGCCCCCCUCGUCCCCUCUGUCCCCUGUGGAGUCCCCCCACAGCAUCAGCAGCAUCAGCAGCAGCCCUCGACCACACCCUCUCUUACGGGAAGCAGCACAUCAUCGUCACAGAGGAAUGGAUGGCGAUGCUUCACCUCAGCCUUAUCCUUUCUAUCUUCCCAUUGCGAGCCCACCGGCAGGGUACAGCUUUCCUUCCUCCUUGCUUAUUGGUCAAAAGAGAGAGAAGCAAGUUUCACCUGAGCCCUCACUGGAUGCUCAGCUCACCUGCCGCUGGAUGAAGUGCCACCUGCUGUUUGAGUCACUGCAGGACCUGGUGGACCACAUCAAUGACUCCCAUGUAAAGCCAGAAAAAGAUUCUGGUUAUUGCUGCAAGUGGGAGGGCUGUGCUCGCAAUGGGCGGGGGUUCAACGCCAGGUAUAAAAUGCUGAUCCACAUCCGCACACACACCAAUGAGAAGCCCCAUCAUUGUCCCACCUGUAAUAAGAGUUUCUCCCGCCUGGAGAACCUGAAGAUCCAUACCCGCUCGCACACAGGAGAGAAACCCUACAUCUGCCCGUAUGAGGGCUGCAGCAAGCGAUACUCCAACUCCAGUGACCGCUUCAAGCACACCCGUACGCACUAUGUGGACAAGCCCUACUGCUGCAAGAUGGCAGGCUGCCUGAAGCGCUACACUGAUCCCAGCUCGCUACGCAAACACAUCAAAGCCCAUGGGCAUUUUGUGAGUCAAGAGCAGAGCGCCCCCAGCAGGCCGGGGAUGGGGGGUCCUCAUGGUGGUCAGGGUGCUGUGGACCUUCCCUCCACAGGGAGAGGGCAGAUCACUGCCCCAGGGGCGACCGCGGCAGCUCUCCUGGGGGGCCUGGGGACAUCGCUGCCUCUAUCGGCACUGUGCCACCCCCGAGCCCCGCUCUUCUCCGUGGGAGGAAGAGGAGCUCUGGGCCCGCUCGGACUUGCAGACUCACCUCUUUUUCACUUUGGACUUUCGGCGGCGUCCAUAUUGGGUUUGGGCUCUCUGGGAAGGGUGGGGCGCACGGGAGGCCAGGGGGCAGACGGUGAGGAUGAUGAGGGAGGGGCAGAGAGGAAGAGAGAGGGGGAGAUUUUGAACCUGUCUGCAGUGGUGGGGCCAGGACGGAGGGAUUCUCUGUCUUGGGUGGUUGUCCCGCCUAGGGCACUUCUGCUUAAACCAGCUGUGGUCAGCUAGGGCGGGCCCUCAGGGAUGGUCUUAAGUGGUAUAUUUUAUAAGAUACAGUCGUCCCUCACCCAUCACGUUUUUUUUCAAAAAUUAAUUCAUAAAUGAUCGCUGUUUCGUGGUUGAGUAUGGCCCAUUAUUAGUCAAAAAUAUUGAAACACAAAUUAUAUGUAGUAUUCUGGCCACAAGUCGUCAGUAAUGACAACACAUUCAUGAGACAUGACGUCACAUCACAUUGCACGUCCGACAUGAUGUGAAAAAAGUUCCCCUCCAAUGUUGAGUGGAAGUGGUAAGUUUUUGGCUUUCUACCUUUUUAUAAUCUUUGUCCUGUAGCCUGUGCAGUAGCAAUGUGGUGUAAACAAAGAAUAAUAGGAGUGUAAAGGUGACAAAACGGGUGUUAUUUCAUGUCUGCAGGGCUCUAAUUAUAGUAAAAAACCUACUUAGAAAGUCAUAAACAGGUUUUCUAUGCUCUAUGAAAAUAUUCAAUUUAUUAAUAUUGAGUACUACUUCGCGGUAAUUCACUCAACGUGGUCGGGUCUGGAACCAAUUAACCACGAUCGAGGGACGACUAUACUUUUAUUUUCAACCCACAGGGGGCAGUAAUGAUCGUUCCAAGUUAAAACAGGUAUUAAUUCAUUUUCAGUUGGCAUUGAAUCGCCCCAAAAUAUUUCACUGGCUUGCAAUUUUUAACAUUUUAAUGUAAAGUGUGGCAGGUGUCACCAUCCAAAGUGACAAAGGUCAUGAAUAAGUCAUAAAUGGCAAAUAUAGUGACGUUUGCUGAACGUGUAUGUAUCUGAAUAGCCUCUGUUAAGGGUCAAAGGGCACAGCAAAGACACAAACAACACAAGCCAGUCAGUUGUUGCAGUUGAGGUGUUAAAAUUUGCACUUUAGAAACAUAAAUCUCCUUGAUUUUGUCUCCUAUGUACAUGAAUGUGUUGAAGCAGACAAUCAAAAAGCAAUUGGAGCUAUGACGUCAGGUUCUAUAUUGUUUGACAAACCCCACAGAUGCUUUCACUCACCUAUAUUCUUUGUUUUUUAUUAUCCGUAAAGGAAUAUGGCAGAAAAAGCACAAUUGGGUGCAACAAGGAAAACAUAACAUAACAAUAAUUUAAUGUAUCAUAUGAAUGACUAAACUGUAGUAGACUAUUAGGCUCUACUUAGGGUGAAUCUAUCUAUCAGGAACAGCAAGUAUAUAAAAAUGCUUUCAACAAAGGUUUUGAUGCAGCAACAAAUGGACAAAUGUAUUGGUACACACCUGGUUAGCCUUAUCUUAGCAAGACAUUUUGUAUGCGUGGGUGAGUUUGGUGUGGAAGAACUUCACCUCUGGAUGACUAGAUGAUUGAACACUUUUGGGGUCAACAUCAGUGACCUCUGAUCUAAAAAAUGCACAUAAUGCACAAAAACAUUUGUGAAAAGUCCAUAUUUUGUUGCAUUUUUAUUUCCUGUUCGUGUAAUAGCCAGGUGUCCCAGUACAUUCGUCCAUAUUAUGUAUUUAUGUGAGUUUAAAGGUCCCCUAUUAUGCUAAAUGGACUUUAAUGCUAUACAGUAGUAUGUGUCCCUCGAGCCUGUUUAUGAUUACCAAACCUGAGAUCUAUCAUCUCCUUCACUUGUGUGCUCCACUGUUGAGAGAAGAGGCGCUCAAACGCUCGCUAUGAAAGUACCGUGUUUUCACGACGUCAUGGCACUCCGUGUAUACACCCACCACUUUGUGGGGGACAGCUUUGUAAAAAAAAACUAACAAAAAAGGCUUCGCUACACAUCUUAAAAUAAUGCCCUGCCAACUAUCCAUCGGCCAGCCACAGACGUGGGGGCUGUAAGACCAUUGUGUUUUUCUUCAGCAAAUGUUGUUGUUCAAAUGUGACUGUAAUGUUAGCAUUGUAGCGCACAUAGCUAUGCUAACGUUUGUGUCCUCCUGCCCCACUCCUUAUGUUGCGUUGUUGUAUGUGAUAUAUGACAUCUACAGUCAUGGAAAAAACGAUUAGAGCACCCUUGCUUCUUCGGUUUCUUGUUCAUUUGAAUGCCUGAUACAACUAAAGGUACCUUUGUUUGACAAAUUUUACAAUAGCUAAUAAGAGUUACAUUUUUUGGCAGUACAAUGCUAUAGCUAUUCAUAUAAGAACUGAAGUGAUUUUGGUUAUUAUCAAGAAAACCAUGGAAGUUGCUAGAUAUCAGCUCUUAAAUGAAACUCUUAUGAGCUAUAUUUGUUAUCAUCCUUAUAUUUGUCCAAACAAAUGUACCUUUAGUUGUACCAGGCAUUAAAAUGUGUCAAUAUACUGAAGAAACAAGGGCAGUCUAAUGAUUUGUUCCAUGACUGUAUUACGUUAUCAUUUAUUAAUUAACAAGUGCAGUGUUACAGUGUACAGUCGCCACAUUGCGGUUCAAAUUUCGCGGCUUCACUCUAUCACGGUUUUUCAAACAUACUAAUUAAUAAAUCAUGCUGUUUCGUCGUUGAAUCUGGCCUAUUAUUAGUGAAAAAAUAUGCAUAUUGAAGCAAAAGUCAUGUAUAUUUUAACCAAAUUAAGCAUUGUCAAGCAUAAAAAUUGCAAAAUGAACUAAAAUACAAAUACAAGGAAUUAAGAAGCCGCAUUAGAAUUGUGAAUGUAGUAAUCCACAUUGAUCACCAGUUGUCAGUAAUUGUUUGGUGAGACAAGCACCAGACUUGAUCACCGGAACAACAGGCUUUUAUUGCAGGUUAAAAUGACCUCAAAACAAUGACAAUAACAUAAUAACAACAACACAGGCUACUGUUGUGGCCAUAAUCCAGCUAAAACUCAACUUUCAACCCACAGCAUCACUUCUUGUCUACACGGCCAUUAGAUUAGAUUAGAUUAGAUUGUACUUUAUUAAUCCCACAGCGGGGAAAUUCGCUUGUUACAGCAGCAAGCAGUAUACGCAAGUAAGGAAUACAGAAAUAAGAUCAGAUAAAUAGGUAUAAAAGAUAUAAAAAGUCCUUAAUUCACAAGAAAUAAAAAUGACCCUGUUAUAAACAGUACUGUAAUGUAAACAUUAAGCGAGAUAAAAAUAAUACAAUGUAAGUAACCAAUACUAUAAGUACAGUCACAGAGGAUUGUAAAGUGAGCUAGUGACUACAACAUGAUUCAGGUGUUGCAGGUGUUGUAGAGCCUGACGUAAAGCAUUUAUUGCAACACAAACGAAAAUGGCUGUUUCUCUGAUUAUGCCUACUAUAUUGAGAAAUACAAAGGUAAGGUGACUCACUGUAUACUGUAUGGGUGUUAUUUCAUGUCUAGAGCGCUCUAAUAAUUUAAAAAACCAUACAGUAUUUAGAAGAUCGUGAACAGGUUUUCUAUGCUCUUAACUACGAAAAUACUGUAUACCAUUUAUAAAUAAGGAAUUCGACUUUGCGAAAUUUACUCAAUUAACUGUAAUAAACGAGGGAUAACGAUGUAUGUAAAAAGUGGAUGAAGUACACAAUAGCGCUCCUUGGAGAGACACAAUCUGUCGGAGACAGGCGUGGACGAACAGCACAUUAGCAUUAAUUACAGACACACAAAAUGAGGUGUUCCAUUAGGGCUUAUGAGAAACACUUUGAACUAAAUUCCAGUAUUUAAGGCUCGGUUUUACGAUACUUCCAAUCUACUAUUGUGGUGUCUGAUUAGUAUAAUAUGGGACCUUUAAGACGAUGACUACGGGGUCUUUAUUUUUGGCAAUGAAACCCUCUUAAAACUAUCUGUCUCUUGCAUUCUAUUCAUUACUCUAGCCGCCGUUGACAGUGCGACAUUUAAAGUCGCAGGACCAAAAAAAAAAACCCCAAAAUAGGCAGCGGUUCUUUUUUCACCAUGCUACUUUACAUGUUGCUUAUCCACAGACAAAGAUCUCCUCAAGAUCCGCCUUAUACCCUCCUGCAGGUUUGAUGAAGGAGCUCGAGAAGAAGGAGCGUGUUCCGACAGGUCGGCAAACAGGUGGCGCCGGAGUGACUAGCGUGAGCAAAUACAGACUUGCUUGAGAUGAUUUUUAGAAUAUGGAAGUUGCACAAGAGGAAGGUAUUUGGUCCAAAACCAAAUCCACUCUGGGCUGCUUUCACAUGCUGACAGUGGCCACCAUGAGGCCUGUUAUGUUGCUUUGUCUCUGUCACUCACUAUCUCAACGAGUGCCUUGUGUUCAAAACCAAGUGUGUGUAUCAUUUGUAUCAUUUUUUUUAAAAAGCAUUAUUUUUAUUCUUUCUAUUUUGGGAACUGAAAUUGUAAUAAACUGACAACAGAUGUGAUUUUUGCAUCAGGGCCACGGUGACAUUUUUGACGAUGACAUACUGUCAAUAAAACACCAAA